AUGUGCCUCACUAAUGGCCGGGAUGGGGUGGUCAAGUGCGUUGAUGUCAUGGGCGUUACAGUGCCCGCGUAUCCGUCUGCGACCUCGGUCAUGAUCGACACCCCGCCAGCCUCCGCCGUCCCUGGUACCGAACCAGUGAUCUCGUAUAGUCCGACUGAAGCUUGGAAUACGACGGAAGCCAACUUAAGCUGUCGUACCAAAGCCUCGACGCUGCACGUUACCGAUGUCAUCAACGCAACUGUUUCUUUCAAUUACUCAGGCCCAAGUGUCAUCGUUCACACCGUGAAGUCUUCAAGAGGAGGCCUCUUUGCCGUCUUCAUUGAUGGUUUCAACACCACGUCAACCAUCGACACUUACCGACCUCCCCUCGAUGACCCAACCGAGGAUCCAGAGUGCUUCACAGUCCAAUUUCCACCAAUGCGGGUCCUCCCUCCUGGUUUUGACAGUCGAACCGAGCAUACCAUCUCGCUCGUCUAUCAAGGCCCGAGCAGUAAACCAGAUGAUGGUCCGGUUGAUGGAAGCUUUGUCCAGUUUGAUUCGUUCUCUGUGCCGAUCUUCAGCGCUUCUGAGCUUGACAGCAGUGCCGCUUUUGGAAAUAUGCCUUCUGCUUUUGCCAUCCUCUGUUCCCUUUCGACUGUUGUUGCAUCAUUUAUGCUUUAG